AUGUGUUACUAUGGUGGAUACUAUGGAGGCCUGGGUUAUGGCUAUGGUGGCCUAGGAUGUGGCUAUGGCUGUGGCUGUGGCUAUGGUGGCUAUGGCUGUGGCUAUGGCUAUGGCUGCUGCCGCCCACUGUGCUGUAGAAGGUAUUGGUCUUAUGGCUUCUUCUGA